AUUUCUGAGGCUUGGCCCUAGUGCUCGAAAAGACGAGUAACCCUAGCCCUCGUUAGAGGGAGCUCAUCCCAUCACCACAAAAUGGCGACGUAAGACCAGGAAAGUGAGGAAGACACUCAACCAAAUCCGGAUUUGGGGACACGAACUGGGAACAAAUCGAGCCCAGGCUUGAACAGCCGCCAUGGCGCAAACCGUUGGAGAUACGGAGGAUUGCAAUUGGUCUUACCCUGGGUCAAACAAGAAUGUGCCCUCCAUCCGAGUGUUUCGUCCCACUUGGGACGAAUUCAAGGACUUUAAUAAGUACCUCAAGUACAUUGAAGAUCAAGGGGCUCACCACGCCGGCUUAGCAAAGAUCAUUCCACCCAAAGAAUGGGUUCCCAGGAAGAACGGUCCGAAUUUUGACGAGCUCAAUAUCAAGAUUCCGGAUCCAAUUUGCCAAGUGGUGAAUGGCAAUCGGGGCAUCUUUCAGUCCAUCAACGUCAGGAAGAAGGCCAUGACGUCCAAGGAGUUUCACAAACUGGCCAUCAGUGAUCGAUAUCGAACACCCUCGUUUCAAGACUACGAAGAUCUCGAACGCAAAUAUUGGAAAAAUGUCACGUUCGUGUCUCCGAUUUAUGGAGCGGAUGUGGCUGGAUCCGUCACCGACGACGAUUGCAACGAGUGGAACAUCCAACGCCUCGGGUCCAUCUUGGAUUGGAUCAACGAGGACUACAACGUGCAAAUUGCCGGCGUGAACACGGCCUAUCUGUAUUUCGGGAUGUGGAAAACUACCUUCGCGUGGCACACGGAAGACAUGGAUCUACAUUCCAUCAACUAUCUUCAUCACGGAGAGGCCAAGUUCUGGUACUCGAUCCCGCCCAGUUAUGCCCGGAGAUUCGAGCGAAUGGCCAGAGGUCUGUUCCCGAAUCUCGAGAAGGAUUGUCCGGCAUAUCUGAGACACAAGAUGUGUCUGAUCUCGCCCAACAUCCUCCGCCAAAACUCGAUCCCAUACAACAAGAUUGUCCAAAAGGAGGGGGAAAUCAUGAUCACUUUCCCCAUGGGAUAUCACAGUGGGUUCAAUACCGGCUACAAUAUUGCCGAGUCCACGAACUUCGCCACGGAACGGUGGGUGGAGUACGGAAAGCGGUGCACUCGAUGCUACUGCAAACCCGACACGGUACAAAUCUCCAUGGAGACGUUUGUGAAGCGCUUGCAACCCGAAAGAUAUGACAAUUGGUUGGCGGGACAGGAUUAUUCGCGACAUCCGGAAGAGCCCGACGCCAGACUCACCGUAGCCCCUCCACCGUCGAUUGAAGAGUUUCUCCAGAACAAGUCCAAUCACGAUAAACUGAUCCCGCAGUGCAUGUUGGAGCCCGGCCAUGGUAAGAAACGCAGACAUCCAAUCCACACGAAGAAGAACAACAAUCAGGAGGAGGGCGAGGAGGAGGGCGAACCCAUGGCCACGAGGGCGGAACGGGAUCACUUGGAAGACAUCUGGGUGAAAGCGGGAGAGAUGGACCCCGAGGAAAUCAGUUUGGGUGACGAGUCCAAUGGGAAAAAGAAGAAGAGGAAGCUGAAGGUAUUGCUCACCGAUGUCAUGGAGGGCAUGAAAGAGGCAUCCAAGAAGAAGAAGAGGACGAAGAAGAAGGUCCGCGAGUCUCCCUGGGAAAUCACGCCGUCGAAAGUGAUUUCCGAUCCUGCUGAGAUCAUCCCGUCGCCACUGAUCAAGAGCGACGAGAAUGACGAAAAACCUAGUAUUAUUACCUCAAGUUUCAACCACACCUUCUUCAAUUUGAUGCAGAACAAACACCUCAUGCUGCCGAGCAAACCGUUGCCUCAAAGUGAUCUCAAAGAGGAGACGGUGGAAAAUGCGCUGAAAACCGAGCCUGACGUUCUCCAAGGGGCGCUGAAGGCCUCGUUUAGCCCUGAAAUGGGGUCGGGCGACUCCACCAGCAAGUGGAUGACAUCGCUCAACGGAGUGCCCAAUCCCAAGUCAAAGAAGAAUAAAACGCAGAGCCGGAAGAAUGGGGGGGAGUCCAAGGUGCCCAGUUUGAGCCUCGCCGAGACGAUUCUCAAGCUGCAAAGUCAGUUGAUCUCAAAGAAAGCCCCGCCUGAGCCCUACCCACCCAUGGCCAGUAGUGUGGCCGUCGUUCACAACAAUAAGGAACCCAUUCCGAGGAAUGGCCUUCCUCCCGUCGUCACGGCUCAAAGGCCGCCCUCUGAGGUGCCCCGACCCACCAUGAAUCACAUCCAAGUGACUGCCCAAAACCAAAAGUCCUUGCUGAAACCAAAGAGCGCUCUCAUCCGGCCCAGCCCAUUGAGCCAUUCGACGAAACUAAAAAAGCCAACCCGCCUUUCGCGUCCAAGUCCAAACAGUAUGGACCUCUUGAACAGCUUGCUACUCUCCCAACAACCGGUUGCUCCAUCUCAGAACAGGGUGACUCAAGUCCAGAUCUCUGAGAAUGGCGAGCCUCCGACCAUUUCGAUACCUGACCUGCCCUCGACGGACAACCACCACGCCUCUUUUGACCCGCCCCCAAUGGCGCCGUCGUCCGAGCUGGAUCGAGUCCUAGCCUUGCAUGGUAUCCGCAAAGGCCUCGAGUCGCAGCCCUCACUUGGCCCGCCCGCAUUCACCAAUCCCCCUCUACCCUUCUCCCUUUCGCAACCCUGGCAACAGCCUUUACCCCGGGAGUCUCUACCCAUGCAGUCCUACACAGCUCCCCUGGCCAAUAAUGGCUUUGGUGGUCACGAGACAGCCAUGGCCCCAGUGCAAUACCCGCAGCCUCCCCUAACCUAUGCAUCCCCCAUGAGUAAUGGCCAUUCCCCACACCCACCCACAACGUUGGGCAGCCUUUCCCUGCAGGUCAAUUCCGCUUCCCUCUCGUAUCCUGACCCGAGGAUGCAACCCAUGCAAUCGCCACCCCUUCAAGCUUUCACUACCACUUUAGAAGAGAACCCUCUGAUCAAGCCAAGCUCGCCCAGGUCCACGCAGGUCAUUCAAACCUCAAUCCAAGUAGUCUAUUCCCGCCAAGGCGAAUGGUUUCCGCCUUGGCGAUCCGAGCUCUGGAUGACGGAGGACCCGCAUUGGUCGUCGCAGGCGAGUGUGGAUUUAUCCGAGGGUUCUAUGUUCAUUCGAGUGGAAGGUCCCACGGGCAUCAAGAAGUCGUUCAAGCUACCUUUUUCCAACAUUUUCGCGUCCAAGAGCGGCGAAGUGGAUUGGCCUCCGAGCAUCGAGAAAAUGGCAGAUUGCUCGGAUCUGGCCGACUGGGUGCUCGACAUCUGCGUGAACCCGUGGGCGCAUAUCAAGGCUACGAUCCGGGAUCCGUGGCACAAGUCUUAUUUGAUGACCAUUCCUGUGAAGUUGGCCGAAUUAUCCUGACCCCGGAGCAAAGCAGGCAGUCUGCGGGUCAAGAAACGGAAAGUGGGCAGGAAGAAGAAGAAGAAGGUGGUGGUAAUGCGGGAUGCCCUGUAAGUCUCAGUCUCUCUUGUUUUCUGCUGGAUGCCUCAGGUGGUUUGAAAGGUGGCCUACCUUAUGCCCUCUUUUCGGAGGCCCUCUCGAGUACAAAAAUCAGUUGUCCCUUUAGGGAAUGUCACGCCAGUGUCACAGGGCAUUAUUAUAAUCCAACGAUACGAUCUAUUCUAGAUGUGUUAUUUCAAGGUCUGCGCUCAGCCUUGAGCCAUUAAUUAUACACACAUAAUGUGAAUUAAAAAUCCAAGUAUAUUUGGACAAAUAAAAUCAAAAUGGAAGGCAAUUUUAUCAGUCUU